AUGAAUCUGGACAUUUACCGAACACUCAUGAAAAUGAGUGUUGUCAUAGUCAGAUUGGCGAAAAAAUAUAGGUCUACUCGCGAAAUCGCGUACAAAGAGUUGAAAAAAUCCGUUGAAGCCUCACGUAGAAAAGUUGAGAGAGCCUACGCUUUGGAUACACGCUGGUACAAAAUUGGAGGAAAAAGUGAAAAAAUCAUGGCAGAAUAUGAGGAAGCUUGCCGAGAAUUCCACCGGGAUAUCUUCAUGGUUGAAAUUAAAGUGAAUCCUGAUAAUGCAGAAGAGACUCUUUUAAAAUGGCUCAGAGUCAAUGAUCAAUUGUGA